UUGGCAGCUAAGAGGGCGGCUAGUUGUUGUGAUGUAUCCAGUUUGUGCAAAUCGUAACUGUAGCAAUCUCCCUAUUACAUAGUAACGUGCGACUAAAACAUUAAUUAAAUACUCUUAGCGAGAUACGUAGCUUCGCAGUCUAACGUUACAGAUUCAGAAUACUGUCGCAACGUUAACUGGUUAGACAGUAUUAGCUAAACUGCGUGCAGGCAGGUAACCAGCAAGAUAAUUGACAAGCUGCAAAUCUAGACAGCAAUUACUGGAAAACUGGACAUUUUAGAACAACACUUUGCUUGCUUUGUUAGCUAUCUAUCGGCAUGACCUAAGUGACUUGGGUGACGACUGAAUUGUUCCAAAGAAGCCAGUCAUCUGCUUUUGGUAACUCAUCGGCCGCUAGCUAGCUAACCAAUGGACAAAGUUAUUAUCAACGAUGCCAAGCGCACCUCAGUUGUCCCAAGACUCUCUGGUUUGGGGGAAAUUACGGAAUAUCUCUACCUCAGCAGUGGCAGGGCUGCCAAUGACCGCACAAAGGUCUCCGAGCUGAAAAUCACUUGCAUUGUUAACGCCACUGAUAACGUCGAGAACACUCCAGUUCCCUCGGUGGAAUAUGUCAGAGUGCCGGUAACAGAUUCCCCGUUCUCCCAGCUAAGUGAUUAUUUCGACACAGUCGCAGACAAGAUACAUUGUGUGGCGGAGCAGCAUGGACGGGUUCUAGUGCACUGCAGCGCUGGCGUGAGCCGCUCAGCCACUCUGUGCCUGGCUUACCUCAUGAAGUACCGCAAUAUGACGCUGGUGGAUGCUCACGGCUGGGUCAAAGCUCGUCGGCCAAUCGUCAGACCUAAUAACGGAUUCUGGAAGCAAUUAAUUGACUAUGAGCUCAAGCUGCACGGAAGCGGGACUGUCAGAAUGAUAACGUCCCCAGUUGGAGAGAUCCCAGAUAUAUAUGAAAAAGAAACCGCAGACCUGAUUCCAUGUUGAAAUCAUGCUGAAAUGUUUAAGAUAGCAACAUGUAAAACAUUUAACCAGUCAGUACGCUUUCUUAUGGAUCUUAGCUGGCCGCUAAAGCGUAGAGUGAUUGACCCCUUUACACAGUUCUUGUCCACACACGAAAAUUAUUCUUCUGAUAGCUUCAAAAUAUGGUCUGAUUGAUUAAAAAAUGUGUUAGAGGACAAUAAGCAUGUGUUAACACCCAGACAGCAAAACUUUCCUGAAACAAAGAUGCUAUAGAAUCUAGGUUGCUCACUCGAUUAAUUUAUUGCAGGGAUAUUUUGGAUGUUUUAUGCAAGUCACUAAUGCAUUUUAGUUUGAGUAUUUGAUUCUUAUACACUAUUGCAGCACAACUGUAAUUCUGAAAUGUCCUUACCCUUUUAUGGAGAAGUUUGAAAGUUGAUGUAUGCCGCUCAGGCACGCUGUGUAAAAGUUUAUACAAAUUGCUAAUUUGUCUUGGUUUUGCUAUUUCAUGUUUUCUUGUACACUGUGAAAGCACAUGUUUAGUAAAAUUUUUGUACUUUUUAAUUUUGUAUAGAUGAUUUUAAAAUAAAUAUUUGUGUAAUAAAUCAU